AACGAAUACGUCAGACGUGUUAAGUGGAACACCGAAAUAAUACAAGAAAAUUGUUUAGUUUACAGAACUCUUGGAUUUAUUUAAUGAGGACAAUAUUUAAGUGAAAACACCCAAAAUACGUACAAAAUGCACAAAUAUCUGUUGAUUACGCUUUUGAUUGUAAGUGUUGGACUUCUUGUUGAAGCUAAAAAGUUCAAAGAUGAAGAGAAACCAGCCUGGGCUAAGAAAGAUAUCCGGGACUACAACGAUGCCGACUUGGAACGGCUGCUGGAUCAAUGGGAGGAAGACGAAGAACCACUUGAACCGGAUGAGUUGCCGGAGCAUCUGCGGCCGGCCGAACCCAUCGACAUGUCCCAGCUGGACCCGAGCAAUCCGGAAAACAUUCUGAAGGCAUCCAAGAAGGGCAAAACGCUGAUGAGUUUCGUGACCGUAAAUGGGAAUCCCAGCAAGCAAGAAACGGAGGACAUUACCAAGCUGUGGCAGACCAGCCUGUGGAACAACCACAUCCAGGCGGAACGGUACCUGAUCGAUGACAAUCGAGCCAUCUUUAUGUUCAAGGAGGGCUCGCAAGCGUGGGAGGCGAAGGACUAUUUGGUCGAGCAGGAGCGCUGCCUGCAGGUGACGAUUGAGAAUAAGGACUACAAGGGCAAGCACAACAAGGAUGAACUGUAGGGUGGGGAUGGGAGCUGUGGGACGGUGAUUCAAGAAGAAACAAAGUAGGAUUUCUUGGGUAUUAGAUUUGAAUUAAAUUGUCCUAAUAUGGUGGAAUGUAUCUGACUGAAUCGUAAGCAUUAAUAGUAAGGAUUUGUUAAUAAAAUCUGAGUGAAAUACACUA